AGUCAGUCAUCUUCAUCUCAUACCGUUUUACAGACUAUAUAGAGUUUGAGUUUGUGGCAUAAUAAAGCAGAGCACCCAAAAGCUUGGAACUUGGAAUUCAAUUUCCAUUCAAGUUCAAAUUCAAAAUGGUCAGGUCCAUGGUCUUCUCCACUACCAUUCCUCUCAGGUUUUCUCCAAUACCCAGAUCAGUUCCACCUCAAUUUCAACCAAACCAGCGUCUUCCAUUGGAUUUCACCAACAAAAUCCAACAUGGGUUUGGUGGGAUUCCAUUUUUGAGGGCCAAACCCACAAGAAAACUGUGCACUAAGGCUGCGUUAUCUGAAAUUCCCAACCAGAAACAGUACCCAAAGAUUGGUGCCCAAUCAACUGGACCAAUUCCACCUAGCCAGCUCAUUCAAGUGGUGGAGACUGCUGCUAAGACUGGUGCAGAGGUUGUGAUGGAAGCUGUUAAUAAGCCUCGAAAUAUUACAUAUAAAGGACUUACUGACUUGGUGACUGAGACAGAUAAAAUGAGUGAGGCUGCUAUUUUAGAAGUCGUUAAAAAGAAUUUUGACGAUCACCUCAUUCUUGGGGAGGAGGGAGGAAUUAUAGGAGAUACUUCAUCUGAUUACCUUUGGUGCAUUGAUCCUUUAGAUGGAACAACGAACUUUGCACAUGGUUAUCCUAGCUUUGCGGUUUCUGUUGGAGUUUUGUUUCGAGGGAAUCCUGCUGCAGCUGCUGUGGUAGAGUUUGUUGGGGGCCCUAUGUGUUGGAACACCCGCAUAUUUUCUGCAACUGCUGGUGGGGGAGCAUUCUGCAAUGGCCAAAAAAUUCAUGUCAGUGAAACUAAUCUGGUGGAGCGAUCCCUUCUGGUGACUGGGUUCGGGUAUGAACAUGAUGAUCCAUGGGCUACCAACCUGGAUUUAUUUAAACAUUUCACUGAUGUCAGCCGGGGUGUAAGGAGGCUCGGGGCCGCUGCAGUUGACAUGUGCCAUGUAGCUUUGGGGAUUGCAGAAGCAUAUUGGGAGUAUCGUCUAAAGCCAUGGGAUAUGGCUGCUGGUGCUUUGAUAGUUGAAGAAGCUGGUGGCACAGUUACUCGCAUGGAUGGUGGAAAGUUCUGUGUGUUUGAUAGAUCUAUUUUAGUAUCCAAUGGUGCACUGCAUGAAAAGCUUUUGGAAAGAAUUGGACCUGCAACAGAGAAAUUGAAGAGCAAAGGAAUUGAUUUCUCAUUGUGGUACAAGCCUGAAAGUUUGCAUGCAGAUCUUUGAGAUGGCCAGAUUUCUGUUUACUUAUUGCGUACUCUGCUAAAAAAAAUUGCUGCAGCUCAGAGCCAUGGAUCUGCAAGCAAUCCACAAAAACUUUUUGUUGAAUUUUCAAGGACACAGAGGAAAGGAUGAAAAUGAGACUAUGAUGCUGUUGACUGUGAAGAUUCCAUGAAGAUGCUGAUGAUGGAGGAAACAAUUACGUUUAGUCUGUCACUUUUUAUUGACCUUGUAUUACUUAAUGGUAUUAUGAAUCAGCGGUAAGCAUGUAUUAGUAACUAUUAGACUUUUGUACCUAUCAUAAUGAGCUUGCUUGUGACUGUAUGUAUAUUAUUUUCCCUCA